GUUUCACAAUCGUUGUAAAAUAAAUAUAUUUAAACUAAACUAAUAAGGAAGUGUUGUAUUAUUAUUAUUUAACUGUGUUUAUGUGGGAUAACAAGGAGGAUGGGUUUGAGCUCUCAAACAACAGUGUGAAUCGAAUUGGUCCUUAAGCGAAGGCUGCUUUAAUCGAUGCAAACCUGGUUACUUUGGCAAUUAUUGCGAGGAAAAAUGUUCAGAAAAAUGUAUGAAUGGGACAUGUAAUAGCUCAAGUGGAAUAUGUCAGGACUGUAACCCUGGUUACUUUGGCAAGUACUGCGAACAAAUUUGUUCAGAAGAAUGUUUGAAUGGGAUAUGUAAUAGCACAAGUGGAAUUUGUAAGGACUGUAAACGCACGUAUUUAGAAAGUUGUUCGCUAAGAUGUAGUCAAGGAUGUCGCCAAAGAAACGGUUUCCCGCAAUGUAACAGACAAAGUGGUAAAUGCUUGCACGGCUGUACUCCUUGGUGGAGUGGUAGAUUCUGUUGGGGAUGAGAGCAGUUUGCAAACGACGACUACUGAAUCGACCGAUAAAGAUAUUGGCAACUUCUUUAAGACUACUGAAUUGGCCGAUAAAGAAAGCUUGAACUCCUUAAAGACAACUAUGAUAGUCAUAUCAGCUAUUCUCACUGUCAUUGUUGUUGUUGUCGGGAGUGUCAGCUUGGUAUUGGCUCGAAAAGGGUUUAUCCGUCAGCAGAAUGAUCGCAUGGAACAAGGCAGAGUAUUUCCAGAUGGCGUCACACCAAAGCAACAACCAUCCGGGUCUCGGAGACCUCAAAGCUCAAAAGUGUAUGCCGACAUCAACGAAGAAACAAUGGAAUAUUAUCAUCACAUAUGUGAGCGAAACUCACCAGAUAAUAAUGACGAAAUCAACGUCACAAAUGACCCGGAUAUCGAAAUCAUGCCUUCAGAAGAUUUUACGGACGAAAGUGAAUCUCGACGGAUCGUAACAAAAUCUGAGGACAAAGAUGAUCUUGACAGUACUGAAGAAACGGGGCGGAGCGUCACACAAUUUAAUGGUGAUCUUGAUCACGUGUGUAAGUCAGACAGUACGAGCGGAGUAAAUCCCAAACGUAGCGAACUUGUGAGCAUGAACGAUGUUUUGGACCUUAAAACACAUUGCCAAAUAAACAUGGCCGAAAACAGGCAAAUGAAAGCUGCUAAAUGUUGCAACGAGGGAGGAAAUAUAUUUGUUGAUUUAGGACAAUUUCAAGUGGAUUAUAUUCAUGCUAUUGCGAGUGAAGAAUGUGAACUGCUUGAUAAUAAAAAUAGAUCAUCAAACUGUACGUCUUCACUAUAA